AUACAAACAAAAGAAAGAAAACGCAAUUGUUAGUCACAAUAUGGGAUGCUGUAGAACACAUCAGGAGGGUAAGAGCGGGCAUAAGGAGGGAGGGUGAGACAGAAGCAGCCUGAGAUCUCCGGCUCAGGUACCUGUUAGAGCGCAGGAUGGUCGAGUCAUCAGAUUAAAGGUGUCAGGGUUUGUUAAUCUGUGAGGGAGGAACAGGCUGCGCCGCUUGCGCAAGUCGCUCCAUUCAUCGGCGGCAGCGGCGGCGGCGGGGAAGCGAAGCAGAUUGGAUACUGACGCACAUCGGGGAAUUUCCCCUUCUUUUUCUCUCCCCUUUACAAUGGAUACCUGCAGGGUACGAACCUGGCUGUUCCUGCUCCUGCUGUGGCAGGAGGGCUGUUUGCCAUCCCAGUUCCCCACACAGCUCAUGAUUAAGGAAUGGGUUGAUCAAAUGCAGAAAGAGCUCGUCACCUUGGCAGACACAGCCACAGCAGGGCAGAGCCUCACUCAGAUUUUUCUGAAAAAUCAGCAUCUCUAUACUGUAGAGCAAAAUGACGCAGAAGAGCUGGUGGCCAGAGCGGCCAGGAACAUAGAACAGCUGCUGCGGAAGAGGUCUGCUGCCUUGGAGAAACUGGCCACAGCUGCAGAGGUGUUCCAGAAGGAACAUGCGUGGAAAGACGAGUUUGAGGAUGAUGAAAUUGCCUACUACAAUUCAAAGGACAACCUGGAUGCAAAUGAGACAGAGGGGAGAAAAUUCAGGAUUCGACCAGACUUUAAAGAGGACCCUUCAUUCAAACGGUUGACUGAUCACAACCAUACAGCUGUCCACAUUCCCACUGACAUCUAUGAUGGCUCAACCAUCGUGCUGAAUGAGCUGAACUGGACAGAGGCAUUGGAGGAUGUCUUUAAAAAGAACAGAGAAGAUGACCCAACACUUCUUUGGCAGGUGUUUGGCAGUGCUACAGGCCUGGCUCGCUACUACCCUGCCUCUCCGUGGAUGGAUGCUCGCAAAACUCCCAGCAAAAUUGAUCUGUAUGAUGUCCGCAGGAGGCCAUGGUACAUUCAAGGGGCUGCCUCACCCAAAGAUAUGCUAAUCCUUGUGGAUGCGAGUGGUAGUGUCUCAGGUCUGACUCUGAAACUAAUCAGAACCUCUGUCAGUGAGAUGCUAGAGACAUUGUCUGAUGAUGAUUACGUCAAUGUUGUUUAUUUUAACACUAGGGUGAAGAACACAGCCUGCUUCGACCAUCUGGUUCAGGCCAACGUGAGGAACAAGAAGCUGCUGAAAGAUGCUGUGCAGAACAUCACAGCCAAAGGGAUUACAAAUUACACUAAAGGCUUCGAGUUUGCGUUUGAACAGCUUUAUUCGACUAAUGUGAGCAGAGCAAACUGCAACAAGAUCAUCAUGCUGUUUACUGAUGGAGGAGAGGAACGAGCUCAGUCCAUACUGGAAAAAUACAACGCGGACAAAAAGGUCAGAAUCUUCACCUUUUCAGUUGGACAACACAACUAUGAUAAAGGACCCAUCCAGUGGAUGGCUUGCUCCAACAAAGGUUACUUUUACGAGAUUCCUUCCAUUGGAGCCAUCAGAAUAAACACACAGGAAUAUCUAGAUGUCUUGGGAAGGCCCAUGGUUCUAGCAGACAAACAGGCCAAACAAGUCCAGUGGACUAAUGUCUAUCUUGAUGCUCUGGAACUAGGUCUGGUCAUUACUGGAACACUGCCUGUUUUCAACAGAACAAAGACUGUUGAUGACAGGAACGGAGAGCAUCAAAAUCAGUUGAUUUUGGGCGUAAUGGCGAUUGAUGUAUCUCUCAACGACAUCAAGAAACUCACACCACGCUUCACAAUUGGUCCUAAUGGAUACUACUUUGCUAUUGAUCCCAACGGAUAUGUUCUUCUGCAUCCCAAUCUCCAGCCAAAGAAAAGGAUUCGUAACAGGAAGCUCAGAGUCAAUAAUAAGUAUGCUGUAACAUUUCAUGAGGAGCCUGUGACCUUGGACUUUCUUGAUGCUGAGCUGGAAAAUGACAUAAAAGUGGAGAUAAGAAGAAUGAUGAUUGAUGGAGAAAUAGGAGAAAGUACUAUUGAUACGUUGGUUAAAACUCAAGAUGAGCGAUAUAUAGACAGAGGGGUAAGAACCUACACAUGGGCUCCAGUCAAUGGAACAGACUACAGCCUGGCCCUUGUUUUACCUAAAUACAGUGAAAACUUCAUUCAAGCUAAACUUGGGGACGAUAUAAAACAAGCCAUCUCUUCACCUUGGGGGGAAGAAGCCAUGGAGACUAUUCAGCUGGAUAGGUUUGACGAGUUUGGCUAUACUUACAUUGCUCCAAGGGAAUACUGCAAAGAGGUGAAGCUGUCUCUCAACAAUACCCAGUUUCUUCUCGACUUCAACCAGUACAUUGACAGAAGUACUGCAGAUGCAUGCAACGAGUCCCUGGUGAAACGACUCAUCCUGGAUGCAGGCCUGACAGCUGAGCUGGUUAAAGUUUGGAAAGAGCAGUCAGUAGAUGGAACAGUAGCAAGGUUUGUUGCAACAGAUGGAGGAAUCACUAGAGUUUAUCCGAGAAGUGCUGGAGAAGAAUGGACAGAGAAUCCUGAGACAUAUGAUUCCAGCUUCUACAAGAGGACUUUGGAUAAUGAAAUAUAUAUAUUCACAGCUCCAUCUUUUAACACAGAGGUCAGGGAGCCUGUGUCUGAAUCGGGUAUCCUGGUGAGCAAAGCAAUAGACCUCGUCAUCGAUAAAGUCAUGCUCAAACCAGCAGUGGUGGGAGUAAAACUCAAUGUAUCAUUCUGGAUGAACAGUUUUAUCAAUGCAACACUGAAACUUAAUUGCAAAGAUGAGAUUUGUGGCUGUCUCAGGAAUGACAAGCAUGUGGAUUGUGUAAUAUUGGAUGAUGGAGGAUUUCUGCUCAUGUCUAAUCAAGAAGAAUAUAUUUCUUUGAUUGGUCAGUUCUUUGGCGAGGUUGAUCCGGUGCUGAUGAUAAACUUAGUCAACACAUCCCUUUACUCCUUCAACAAGACAUAUGACUAUCAGUCUGUGUGUGACCCAGAGAAGGACAACAAGGCAGCAGCAGGACCUCGCUCCAUAUAUGUGCCUACUAUUGCAGACUUCCUCAGUAUAGGCUGGUGGGCUUCCAAUGCUGCUUGGUCAAUACUUCAACAGCUUUUCUUCAGUCUUUUGUUCCCUAACCUUUUAGAAGCAGUGGAGUCAGCAGAUGAUGACAUACCAGAUGCCAUGUUCAAAGAAAGCUGCAUCACAGAGCAGACUCAGUACUUUUUUGACAAUGAUGAAAGAUCAUACUCAGGGGUCCUAGACUGUGGAAACUGCUCCAGGAUGUAUCGUGCUGAGAAGCUUCCCAACACAAACUUGGUGUUUCUGAUCACUGAUGCCAAGGCAACAUGUUUAUCAUGUGACCCCCGGCCGCUUCGUCAAGCCGAGCAACCCUCUGAAGGACCAAAUCCUUGUGAGCUGGCUCAGAGCCCCAGAUACCGCAAAGGGCCUGAUGUGUGCUUUGACAACAAUGAAAAUGAUGAGCCGCUGUGUCCAGUCAGUCGGGGUUCCACUCUCAUCUCUACACCUCUUCUGUUGUUUCUGUUUCUGACUUCAGGGAGGAUGAUUCUGAUUGUGGAGGAGGGAACCACCUAAGUCCAAGUCUCUGGUCGAUGCUUGGCCUCCAAUUGCUGUUCUGGCUCACCAAAUUUUUACUACAGUCAUGACCCCUACACACACUCAAACGCUCACUCAUGCACAGAUGAUCAUCACAUUGCACGGGAGGCCAGAAGACAUUCCACUUGCGCCAUACAGGAUGUWUGUAGAAACAUGUGCAACAUUAAAAAAAAAAAAAAAGUCUCAGCAUUUCCAUUUUCCUAUGCCAAAGGGUGCUCAUCCAUUUCCUCCUCAUCAUUUUWAAAAGUGGAAACGUACUGAGAUCAGCUACAAUCAUUUCUAUCAUCUACAACUUAACCUUCUCUAUGGUGCAAAUGUAAGAGCUAACCAAACCCUUUAAUUCUGCCUCAUUUUUUUUAAUUAGUAUUAUUAUUUAUAAAGUAAAGAUGGAAGAUGUAUUCCACUAUGCCAACUGGAAAUCACACAAAGACUAUACGUUCACUGACAGCGUUGAUUUGUGAAGUUGUCAGCGUUGUUUUUUGCAUAUGGGGCAAUAUGCUGUAGAGAUGUUUUUCAACCAGUGCAAAUAUCAUAAUCAUAAUUUUUUUUCAUUUAAAAUUAUAUAUUUAUUUAUUUUCCUCUUUAUUGAUUUUGUUUGUAAAAUCAACUAGCAUUCAGUGACUUGCUAGGUGUUUCRUUGUCGUAGCAUGUGCUCAGUAGAGAGCUUAARAUUACAUCAUCACUUUGACACCAAAGCUCCUAAACAGUACCAAGGACCACAACUUUCCCAGAGAAUGUGCACGCUAUUUUUUCUUCUUUGUAAACAACAUUCCUUGCUUAUAGGAGUACAGUACAUCUGUAUUUCAGCUACAGCAUUAGGUGUGUCGGCCUGCACUCUGUGCAGAGUCUUUUAGGCAAAUGACAACUUCAAACCUGGUUGUGCUYGGAUUAGCAGUUUGGUUGUCUUCGGUUUGAUGCAUUGAAUUCCCAGUGCCUACAUAGUAGCUCUAAACAUUCUGAUAUAUGAAUGAAGCAGUGCACCAGAGUUGUAUUCUUACCAUGUAUGCCUCUAGGCUAAUGCUUAUUUCACUAUAGCAGGGACGUCAACCCUGGCAGUGAUCAUUUACGAAACGGGCCAAAUCCACUGCUGUYGCUCUAAUUCUUGAGAUCGACACCACAACCUCAAUAAACCACUCGUUUCGAUUUUGGUGGGGGGAAGGGAGAACCAAACCCAAUGCAGGCCAUGUCCAUGUGGCCCAGCAUCACUCUCUCCCCUUUAUAGCCCUGUUUCCGUUCCCUUUCUGGAUCAAAAGACUCAGGAGCCAAGAUGACUUGUGAAUGAGCUCAGCAUAUCAAAGACUGUUUUAUUUGUUUCAUUCCUCUUGCCGUCACCUCCCUAUGCUUGUUUCCUUUUUUGUGUUGCUCUUAAAGUGCUGUGAAGAAAGGCGCUAAAGGUCUGGCGUCAAAAUGCUGCAUUGUGAUGGGAUGAGCUUGUCCGUGUUUGAACGCUGUAUUUGCCUGUGAUCAGCAUCGGGGCCUGCUGGAGAGAAACGUUCUGAAUACACUACUACUACCACCAGUGGUAAUGUUGCAUUGCCUUACUUUGUCAAUAGUUACAAAGACCACAUGUGGGGUUUGGAUCUGUUUAUUUACGAGCUAUUUUACUGAUAGCUGCUAAAUUCUCUCUACCUUGCCUUCAUGGUGACAUCCUGCUGUUGAGUGAUCAGGUUAUGCUGUCUUAUCAAAGUUGCGUGUUGACUUGUGUUUUAUCCCAGGGGUCCCGUGUCAAUGUGCAGGCAUGUGCGUGUCCCUCUGAUUUCUGAUUGUGCUUUAAUACCAUAUAUGAAAAUACUCUUUUGUGGAACUUCACUAGCCUGAAUAAGUUUUGUAUACAUUUGUACACUAAAACUAUUUACUGUAUAAAAGAAGAAAAAAAAUAAUGUAAAAGAAAAAUGUUUAUAAUAUGGUGUUGAUUAUUGUGCAAAUAUAUAUUCACAAUAAAAGUGUUGUAUUGUUAUGA